AUGCGCGCUCUCUGUCUCUCUGGCCCCACCCCCCUCUCUCACCCCGCGCCCCCAACUCAACCGCGCCCGUGCCCGAACCGCCGCCGUCGAGCACCGCCGCCGCCUGGACGCUGCCGUCACCCCACCCCGCCGCAGCACCACCCCGCCGCCCCGGAGCCCUGCGGCCCCGUCGCCACCACCGCCCGGCGCCCCCUCCGCCCGGCCAGCGCCGCCCCACCGCUGCCCCCCCCGCUGCCGCCGCCCCACCCUGCCGCAGCACCACCCCGCCACCCGGAGCCCUGCGGCCCCGUCGCCACCACCGCCCGGUGCCCCGUCCGCCCGGCCAGCGCCACCCCGCCGCCCCGGAGCCCUAUGGACCCAUCGCCACCACCGCCCGGCGCCCCCUCCGUCUGGCCAGCGCCCCUCCGCCGCCGAGCAACCCCGCUGCCCGGCGCCCCUGGGCCUGCCGCAGGUGUUGACAGGAUGAUGGGCAAGGGUCCAGAGCGCCCCGAGCCUCCUGCGAGCGCUACUGGAGGGGUGGUUUCAUUAUUGCAGCGCAGCCCCUCCGGAGAGCGGUGCAGGACAAGCGACGACGAGCUGGUUGAGAAGGGCAAGAAGGUCUACAAGCGUGGCUAUACAAAGCUCCCGCCCGUGCAGGCGAGCCCCGACAAGAGGUGGUUGAUUGCGCCUAAAGGGUUGAAGUAA